CCCUCCGCCGGGAAACUCACUCACAGCAGCUCAGCGGCGGAGCUCAGGAUGCCGAGCUCUGGAAACAUUCGGAAAGUCACACGCUUCUUCUAGUCUGCAGAACCGGCUACAGACAUUCCUCAUUACAGGAGGAAGAGCUUAACUCGGGAGCUGGAGCUUCUUCCUCAUUUUUAAGCGAAGUAGGACUCGCGGACAGCCAGAAGUGCGGAUCACCUCAGAUUCCAUCACUCCAUCAAGAAGAGAAAUUAUGCUCACAAUCAUAUGAAAUAAUGACUCUGUUUAUCAUGCUUGCGCUUCUUGUGAAUUUCAUUACCAUUUCACAAGGUCUUGCUGCUUUGAGUCUUUCUGAUGGCAGGGGAGGUGUUUAUGAAGACCUGAAGUGGAAGGCUCUGCUAUGUUGUGAGCUGCCCUUUGCUCAGACACUUGACGGUGGUCUUUCAGAACACCCACCUGUAGGACAGUGUCACCUACUAAAUGCUACAAAACCAGAAUUCUCAAGUAAAUCACCCACCCUUUCUGGAAACUGUUUGGACAUCCUGUGCUGGCUUGAAGGUGAACAGACAAAUUUGAUUUGUAAUGCAAAGAGCCACAGAGCAGCAGCCGCUGCAAGUCUGCUCACCGUUAGACCUCAAUUAGUUGUACAGAUGAAUGUACUUUCAGAUGAAACAAACCAUGCUGCUCAGUGUGCCGAGGAAGAAACUGUCAUGUGCUCCAUUUCUCUUCAUGGCAAUGACACAACUGUCUCAUUGACCAUCAGCAUAUCUUUGAAUGAGACUACUGCACUGUCACCCAAGAUGCAAGUCAGCACACAUCAUCUGCGACCAGAUCCACCUGUCAAUCUGCAUUACAAUGUGACGACUGAAGGCGAAGUAAUAUUCAGAUGGAGUGACACACAACCUGACAGUUAUGCCAUAAACUAUGAGAUCCGAUACUCAUCCAAUUCCUCGCUUCAGGAGUGGGAGAUUGUGAAGGUCAAAGGUCGUUCCUGGGUGCCUCUGAAUGAUCUCAGUUCUGGGAUCAGAUACAUGGUCCAAGUGCGCUGCCAAAGCCACUUCAACUACUGGAGUGAAUGGAGCCAACCUUUCUAUUUCACACUGGAUGUCAGUUACAUCCCUGCUGAAGUCUUCACGACACCAGGGUCAGAGGUAACGGUUUCUGCCGUCUUCCACAACCGAAGCUGGAGCGCGAGUAAAGCUGUGUGGAUGCUUAAUGGUCAAGUGAAGAUUCCGGAAAGCCAGUACAGGGUGAUCAACGAGCAGGUUAGCGCAGUCACUGUGACGGUAGAUGAACCAGGGUUUGAUACUCUGAUGUGCUGCCACCAGUGGGGAGAAAGGUUCAAGUGCACCAUCGCCUAUGCCAAAAUAUACACAGAAGGGAUGUUUAAUGCAGAUAUUACCUGCCAGAGCAAGAAUUCAGAGGUGGACACCAUGAGCUGUGAGUGGAAUAAGAGCGCUUGGGCACAAGUCACACUCCUUUACAGACAAUAUACAUCAAUGUGUGAGACCAUAUCAGAGAUGGAGGGCAGCGAAGAAGCUGAAGAAAACAUGUCUUUGGUAAAGGAGUGUCCAUCUGGAGCAGGAGACCACAGAGAGUGCACUUUAAGAAACCUUAGCCUGUUCUCCUGCUACAAAAUCUGGUUGGAAGUGGAAGGAGGGCAUGGCAAAGUGAGAUCAUUUCCUGUCUAUGUUGCACCCAUUGACUAUGUGAAACCAUCUUCUCCCACAGUCCUGGAAGCAACCACUUUGCCGAAUAAAACCCUGAGUGUAAGCUGGAGACGUCCACAUUUACCUGUGUAUGACAUGCAGUACGAGCUGCGCUUUGUGGCUUUGCGUGGGAUGGCAAAUACACACUGGAAGGUCAUCGGCCCUCUUUUGGAAUCACUGGCAGAGAUUCAGCUUGAAGAGUCCUGUGUUCAGUUUAAAGUAGAAGUUCGCUGUAGAAGACUGAAUGGCUCUGGAUACUGGAGUGACUGGAGCAUGAGUUACACUUCAGUUGUUUACAACAGGAAAGCACCAGAGAUGGGACCAGACUUCUGGCGCAUCAUACAAGAGGAUCCUGUUAGGAGUCUGACAAAUGUCACACUUAUUAUUAAGCAGCCCGUCUUAGCAGGAGAUCCAUAUAGUUGCGUGGAGGGUCUGGUGUUUGAACACCAGGCCUCAGGCAGAGCCGUGUGGUCAAAUGAAACAACCUUGGUUCAGUUUCACUUAUUCCAGUGGAGGAAGGAAGCGCACACGGUCACUGUAAUGUCACGCAACGCUUUAGGCAUCUCUACACGGAAUAGAAACAUCACGUUGUUGCAUCAACCCAAACGACGUGUCGUACGUUCAUUCAGCGUAGUUGCAAAUGCUAGCUGUGUGUAUCUUUCCUGGAGCCUGUUAUCUGAUCAUCCAGUGCCUCAGUCAUUUGUCAUCGAAUGGUUAGACCUGAACAAAGACCCUGAACAGGACAUGUCUUUCACUGAGAGGCUGCAGUGGGUCAGAGUUCAGUCCACAUCGAGAGAUCUCUCCCUUUGCCGCCGUUUUUAUGGCUCAGAGGAGUUCACCUUGUAUCCAGUGUUUGUGGAUGGUGAAGGGGAGCCGGUGCGAUACACUGCUACUAGGGGCGACCCAGCAGCGUACAUACUCCUACUGAUCAUUGCGUUCCUGUCAGUGGUGCUGUUUGUCACACUUCUGAUGUCACAAAACCAAAUGAGAAAACUCAUGUGGAAAGAUGUUCCAAAUCCCAACAAAUGCUCCUGGGCAAAAGGAAUGGACUUCAGGCAGAUUGACACCAUGGAGAACCUGUUCCCUCACUCAGAGGGUCUCACUGCCUGUCCACUGCUGCUGGUCUCUGAGAGCAUCUGUGAGGUGGAAAUCAUCGAGAAACCUCAUCCUGUCAUGCUUGAACAUGAAAAAGACAAUGAAGUACUCAUUUAUAACUCUGGAGACAAAACAACUACCGAUUCUGCCCUUCUAGCAGACUCCUCUGAACCUCUGUCUCUGGAGGCUUCCACUGCUGCUCCUACUCCAGAAACAUCAGGCCAGUCCUCAGUGACGUACUCUACCGUUCUCCUCUCCGAUCAGCCCAGUCUCCUUCGAAAGCAGCAGGAGAGUCUGAGCAGCUCCAGUGACGAAGGCAACUUCUCUGCCAACAACUCUGACAUUUCUGGCUCUUUCCCUGGGGGACUCUGGGACUUGGAGAACCCUGUGUGCUCUGACAGCGCCAAUCCCCGCCAUUCCAGCUCCUACAACUCUGUGGAAGAGUUCUCAGAAACAUCCGAUCAAGAUUAUGAAGCAUCAGAAAGCACAGGUGCAGCCAAAGACCUCUACUACCUCGAGGUGAACGAAGAGGAGGAGGAGGAAGAUGAAGAGGAGAUCGAGGAAACACAGGGUGAACGGGAAAAAAAUGAAACAGUUAUGAGGGUGGACGCCAGGCCUCUCCUGAAAGGCAAAGAUUCCACAGCCAUCGAUUCCAAUAAUAUAUCUCACAGCAUUCCUCUUUAUCUGCCUCAGUUUCGGACUGAAUGCAUUAAUCCACCCUGAAAUAAGAACAACAGCACCACUUGGUGGUAAUGCGGGAUAAUGUUUUUCUUCAUUGGAUGGAGGUCCACAAAAUGCCUCAGUGGUUUUCCUCUAGGGCUGCACAAUUUGAGAUUUA